CUUCACCUCACCGCUGCCCUGACGACUCCCUCCGAGAUUCCCACACCAUCGAGGAUCACCAUCACCCCCGAUCCUUCCGGCCUAGAACACACACAGUCCCUCCUCGCCGCCCUCCUCGCUUCCUCGCCUUACCUCGACUCCGAUCCAUCCCCCCGCCCUCUGCCCAACACUCUACCUUCCAUGCCGCUCGACUGACAUACGCACGGCCUCAUGACUCCCUCCGCUGGUCACGAGCCGCCCGUCGCAGAUGACGCGAAUCAUCGCAGGGCGUCACCCUUGUCCCAGCAAGCACCCAGCCAGGCAGUAGAGGUCUGCAAGGCUGGCUCAGGCCACACUACAGCCCCAUCCAACGGCCAAUCCGAGCUGCCGAAGGGCCCGUCAGCCUCGGAACCCCCACGGCCAAUGUUCACUCGCCUGUCCACCAUGCCGGACAGCCGCAUCCUCGACCAUCCGCGCACCAAGAACAGGCCCAUGAGCCAAUGGACCAUCCCCCGCUCUUCUACGAGCAAGAGCCCCCGGGCAGCAACACUCUUUCUGGGUCAGGAUCAUGAGCGGUGGCGCAUGCGGGACCGAGAUAGCAUGGGGGCUGGGCUGAAGCUCGCCUGGGGUUGGAGAUCUGGCAGCUCGUCUGAUCUUCCCGAUGCUUCCGUUCUCGAAAGCUACCCCUACGGCGAAGACGAUGAGAGUACAGAGGGAGACUUUACGGAUACCUUUACCGACGAAGAGAGCGAGAGCGGUCAAUCUUCUUCAAAGCUAAGCAGGCGGAGCAGUCGAUCUAGUCACAGGUCUCGGACGGGUAGCGGAGCAUGGAAGAGGCCUUGUAUGAAUGCCCUCACAUCAGCAACCGGUCAGACUUCGUCAGAUGUACACAAGUCAGCUACUCCCAGUGCUUCCUCAUCUAAGAUGGAAAGCGGCUCUUCCUCCCAGAGUAGCAAUGGCUUCCUGGGUCGCAGACCGCGGAGAUUUUCUUCAAAUGGUCCCGAAGCCGCCUUCCUAAGACACGAGACGGUCAUUGGCAUCCACACCCCUAGGAGAGACUCGUCAUCCUCUUCUCUUUCGUCCGCAAGCGGAAGACAGCUGCCUGCCAUCGAGAGGGUCUCUCUUGCGCCUCUAAGCCAAAUCAAGACGGGCACACCAGCCCCUUCGAGCAGACCCCCAAGUGGCACAUCGUCGAAGGUGGUCAUCCCUGCCGCCCUCCAGCAACAGCAGCAGCAGAUCAAGCGUGAGCUAUCCCCCUCACCGGGCUCGCAACAGAAGCCUGACCUCAGCGGAGUCACUUCGAGGCCGCCCAAGCCCCAGCGCGAGCUGAGCUCCUCUGAUCUGCUGAAGAAGGCCGCGGCGAUAGCUGCAGCUAGCUCUGUCCCAGCCUCUCCAGAGAUAGAUGCGCAGACCGCACCGCCUUCUCCUCUAUCUCCCAAGGGAGAACGCGGCACCCCGUCAAGUCGCCAUACGGCUGAUUCAUCGUCGAGGUCGGAUAGCCCGGGUCCCAUCGCUCUUCGCCUUGCGCGACGUAGGAAACCGAUCAGCGUAGAAGGGACACUCUAUGAUCGUACUGGUCCUUUUCGAGAAGGAGCAGUGACUGACGGACUCAGUGUCCGUCUGUUUAGUGCCGAGCACGAGAAGGAGGGCGAGGGCUGGGCAGACAGCGAUGAGGAUGAGAAGGCGCAGCAGACUUCAACGGCCACAUCGCGUAGUCGUCGGCCUCGUAAGACAACCCGCCGACCCCAAGAAGACGAAGAUGACGAGAAGUCAGGCAAAAUGGAGGCAGAAGCAGCCAAUCGUGAUAAGAAUGGCAGUCACAGAGAUGAGGAAGCGGCAGAGGGAGACGAAGCAGAGGUCCCGGCCUGUCCCCUGGUUAACAGGUCUUCCGCUGCAACCACCUACCUGAUCACAACCCCUGACAAUCGAGUCUCCUCGGCCGCGAAGCUACGACGAUGGGCAAUGGACGGGUCAGGCAAAUUCUACGCUGCUAUGGAAAUCAAGUCGGUCGAAGCAAAGAUCCGCUCAGCGAUGGACCCCAACGAAGCUCGCGAAAAUGCAGCCUAUGCGCGCUCUCUGGCCAAGAUCUUGCGAUCGACCUACCUCGACGAUAUACUUACCGAGAUUCAAAAGGCCGAGACUUUGAGCACUGGGCGCGCUGCUGUGGCGAAGCUCCUCAUGACGAGUGAUGGCAAAUAUAUUCGACUUGAAGAGGACUAUCCCGAAGAGUCUUUCUUCGUAAUAGCUGGUUGCGAAGACGAAGAGCUCUAUCCAGUCGUAGCCCUUGUCUUCGUCCAAGCGCUAGCUCACAUCCAUCGCUUCCAUCAAGCAGGCUGGCUGCAUGGAGACAUCAAGCUCGAAAAUCUCAUGUUCGACACGAAGGGUGAGCUGGUGGUCAUCGACUACGAGAACGCCAAUCCCUUCAGGACGCCUGGCGGGGACGAGACGGUCCAGCUGAUGAGCUUCGAUUGGGUCCCGCCUGAGGCGUCUGGAAGCGACAAUGAUGGCGGCCGGAGAGUGGGACCAAGUGCAGAUCUUUGGGCUCUGGGCGCCAAUCUGGUCCGCGCUUUUGCGCUGAGAAAUGGUAUUGACGAUAGCAUUGUCAGACAACUCAUCUUAGAGGAGCAAGGUCAGAAGAAGUUCCUGGCCUUUCGAGACGAAUUGAUCAAAACCGGCGACGACAGUAAACGGGCUACAGCGGAGUCGGUAGAUCUCGGACCUAUCCUUGAGAUGCAGAGGGAGGCGGAGACAGAGGUUGAGGGUGGAGGGGCGUUGAUGAGUCCUGCCAGGUUAUUAUUGCCUUUUGCCCUGUCGGCGCCCCGUCUCCUCAAGUACGUUCUUGCCUCGUGCCUCGUGCUCUCGCCCAGCGCACGAGGAGUCGAAGCGGAGCUAGAAGGGCUUCGUCUAGCUGCGGAGCUCCAGAAGGAGAGAGACGGAGACCUUAUGAGGCUAGGAACCAAGGCGGUCAGGACAGCAAUUGAACUGAGCGGGUCGGAGUGGGUGCGGCCGAAGUUAGAGGAGGCAAGGCUGAGCCUCGGCCUUGGCGACGACGAAGGUGCAGGGGACAUAUUGGCUGAGGAAAGUGCACAGUAAGAGCUGCAGCAGCACCUUUGCUACUUCAGCGCCAGGCUCAGAGCGUACUCGCUCGUCCCUUCCCUCUUCCCACCCAUUCACUCGGCCUUGUCACAUGUAAUCUCAUUCUGCGCCCUCUAUCGACGGCCACCAUUGCCUGCAUCGAUGUCAAUAUCAUCUAUCCUCCGAUC